AUGAUUGACUUCCACACUUACUUCUUGUAUCUUCUCUCGUGCUUCUCGCAACGAGUGAAGUUGAAUACUUGGCACAGAGUCUUGGUCUUGAACAUCAACUUACCCUUCUCCAAAGUCACAAACAACAGCACGUUCGGAUUCCCCAAAAUCUUCUUCAUCAACAUCUCGACCCGCUUCGACCUCCUAGACGCAGCAACAAUCCAAGCCUUCCUGUCCGGUGUCCAAUUCGAGGUCUUCCCAGCCGUCGAGGCCAACAUGAUCAAGGAUAGGGGUAUGCCUCCGACACAUGAUAAGGACAGACUGAGAGGCGCUGAGAAGGGUUGCUGGAGAGCUCACGCCAACAUCUGGUCUCAUAUGCUUCGCGAGGAACUACCGUCCGCCUUGAUCUCGGAGGGUGGCGCCGCCUGGGAUAUCCACGUCCGCACCAUCAUGACCAACUUCCACGAGCACUUUACUGCACUUCUUCAUCAGUUGAACUCCACUCAAACUCCCAAUGUCGGAAGACUUGAACAAGCAGCAGCAGCAGCAGAUGGUUCGGCGCAACCUGUCUUCCCGGACCCCCAAGACCCGUGGCACAGCAGACACUGGGAUUUUCUCUCCCUCGGCCACUGCGCAGAGACCCCGCUCAACCACGACCUCAUGAUCAGAUACGACGACGAACACGUCCCCCCCGGGCCAAAGAGCUACUACGGUCUCCCGCUCGGCAGCGAACGAGUCGUCCGCAAGUCGGGCGGCAUAGCGUGUACGACGACAUACGCCGUCAGCCGAUCCGGGGCGGCCAAGCUGCUCCUGCGCACGGCGACGGACCUCGAUUUGCCAGUCGAUCUGGUUAUCAAAUUGAUGAUUCUGUCCGGGGAUCUGGUUGCGUACAGCGUCCAGCCGACCACAAGGUCACAUUGGAAGUAUGUGCCUGGUAUCGGUACGAAUCUCCGAGGCUCAAACAGCGAUGUGCAGGAGAGUAGGCAGGAAGUGGAAGAUGAUGAAGACCCAAAGGCGCCGAUGGAAUACUUUGUAGACGCGGCUCUCAAAGAAAUGACAUUGCAGGUAGCCUGGAGGAGGAUAUUCGGAGGAGAGCGACCACCGUCGCAGGUGACGGGAGUCUAG